UGCUCUAAACCUCUUUAAAUUAGCAAUCUCUGCUUCUGACCCUUGGCCUUUCUCUUCAUUCUUCUCGUAAUUCAACCAAAACCAAGAACUUGGGUUUUCUCAAUUUUGGGUCUUUUUGCUUCUUCUGAGCCUUCUUUUGAAAUGGGUAGUGGAGCCAAAAUUUCCCAUCUACAUGUUCCCCAUCUCCAUCAUCACCAUCACCAUGGGAAGAAAGAUAUUCCCAAGGGGUGCAUAGCAGUUAUGGUGGGUCAAGGAGAGGAGCAACAGAGGAUCAUAAUCCCCGUGAUUUACAUCAAUCAUCCUCUGUUUAUGAAGUUGUUGAAGGAAGCGGAGGAAGAGUACGGGUUUGAUCACGAGGGACCCAUCAAUAUUCCUUGCCACGUUGAGGAGUUUCGCCAUGUACAGGGCUUGAUUGAUCAAGACAAUUACCUACACCACCACCACCACCACCACCACAACCACAACCACCAUCUUUUGUGCUUCAGGGUUUGAAAGAUUUGUGGAAUGGCCAAGAGUCAUAACCAGAUAGGAGACCAAUUGAAUGGCAGAAGUCCUGCAAAUUUGUAUUUUUCUUCCUUUGUUAUUUUAGUUCUAUUUUGAACUCUUCUUGUAUUUUGUUUGGCUGAGAGUAAGCACUCAGGUGGUUGUAGAAGAUGAUGAUGAAAAGAUGAAUGAUACUAGGAGUAUUACUAUUGUCGAUAUAUUUUUUUGUUUGUUUUUGUCUCGUAAUGUGGAAGGGGGAAAGAAAAUUGUACAACUACUCUUUUUGAUUCAUCUGGAUCUUAGUUUUAUAGAUCAAUUUCUUAAA